UUAGCUCGAAUAAUAAGAAAUUUAAACCCUGGACAGGACGCCUCCUUUACCAGACCUUGUCGAGACAUUUCUCCCAGGGCAACUGAGGACAUCGCGAAUAUUCUAGUGGCGCGCUUGAAGCUUGGGGGUCACUUAACAUGCCCACUCGCGAGAUGAGGUAGACUCGAAACGGCUCUCCGCCGUCACUUAACCACGGUACGUACCUAACAAGGCAAAGGCUUGCCCUAGCAAAGAAAGAAUCCAUGUCCAAGGGAGGCUCCUUUAGCUGCUUGAAACCCACAUGCUUGACACAAAUCGUGUUGGAUAUCGGUUCGCGCUGGUUGUCUAGGGGUUUCUGUACAAAGUACUCGGCAAGACAAGUCGGUGCUAGCCCAGCUCGGGUGCAAUGCCCAGCCUGCGUAGAUCGAACAAGAUCUCCGUUACUUAUUAUGUAUAUAUGCCAGCACCGCUCACCACGGAUCGUCGUCUUCCAUGUUCUUGAGCAGGCCGGUUUCCCUUUCUUACCUACGUUAUUCUAUUCGCAGCUGACGAUCCCGUGGAUCUGUUUAUUCUUAAUUCACUCAUUCUUGUGCCUUAUCAUUCACUUAUCGGCCCGGUGCUGUCCAUAUCCUAUUUCAAGAUGCCGUCCAUUUCAUCAACUAUCUUUUCUCUUGCGUCCCUGUUGGCUGUUGCCCAGGCUCACGGUGUUAUCUUAGGGGCACAGGGUAUUGCGGGCUCGCCUGAAAGUGUCGGUUUUAAGGUUGAACCCGAACUAGCGAGGAAUUGCACGUCCAUCAGCCCUUGCCAACAGGACACAACAAUUAUUCGAGAUGCAGAGAUCGCCGCCAACGUAGUGAACGAAUGCGGACGAACAGAACUAUCGGGCAACAUCGAUAUCGGAGAGAACACGGAGAAUGCCCUUGCUGCUGGCGCCGUUACUCAAGUCAAGUCUGGAUCUCAAGUCAAGGUUACCAUCCACCAAGUUAACGCUGAUGGUGCCGGUCCUUACGCCUGCGACCUGGUCGAGGCUGGCAACAACGGUGUCAUCUCUCAGAACCUGACAGUUGAGAACAACGUUCCCGGUGUCAACGGUUUCUCCCAGGCCAAGACCCAGCAGUUCGAGAUCACCGUGAACAUGCCUGACAAUUUCACUUGCAGCGGAUCUUCCGCUGGUAACGUCUGUACCGUUCGUUGCCGAAACAACGCUCUUGCUGGUCCUUUCGGUGGAUGCUUCCCCGUUCAGCAGGUCGAUGUGGAGCCCAGCCAGAACACUGCGGCCAAGGUUUCCACAGGAAUUUCUCUUGAAAAGGUCUUCAAGCAGGUUUCCAAUGACCAGGCUGAUCUUCCCGCUGCCGUCGCCGCUAUUCAAGAUGCAGGCACCGAUGAGGCAUUGAAGAACGCCGCUGCUGUUAGCGAGCUUCUGAAGCAAACUGUUACCAGUUUGCCCGCUUCUUUCCAGUCCCUCGAUAUUGUCACGGGACAAGCCGCGGCCACCACCGCCCCUGAUGCUUCAGUUACCGCUACCAGUGCUGCUGCGAGUGCUACUGCCACCGGUGGAAGCGGACGCAACGGCAACGGCCGUGGUAACAAGGGAAACAACGGCAAUGCCAAUGCUAAUGCUGGUGCCAAUGCCGGUGCUAACAACGCCAACGCUGGUACCAAUAAUGCUAAUGCUGGAAACGGCCGAGGCAACAACGGCUUCGGUAACCGACGCAGAGCUAUCUUCCGUGCAUAG